AUGGCGACAAGCGGCGAAGGUGGGCCUGACGAUGGGAGUCCUGCGCGUGGAGGGGGUCUGUGGGGCGUGCCCAAGGGGGUGUGGCGCGCUGUGUGUGUGGUGGGGGUGGUGGGAGUGGGAGCCAUAGUGGCCCGACAUGUGAAGCACAGGGCGGAGGAGCAGCAGGUGCUGCAAACUGCUAGGCUCACUGCCGUCGGAAUCAAGGACACGGUGAGAGUGAUGCGCGCAGUGGAGAAGGCGCACUCAUCGGUCAGCCAGGCAGUAGCCACGGUGGGGGGGGCAGUGGAGGAGGCAGCAGCAGGCGCCAGCACGGUGGGCGCUGAGGUGGCACAGGAGGUGGCAGGGGCGGUGCAGGGGAUGGCAGACGCCGUCCAGGAGGUGGCCGAGGCCGGGCGGCAGGCGGUGGCACGUAGUGCGACGGUGGGGAUUGCGGUGCAGAGCGGUGCGAGGGGGUUGGUGAGAGAGCAAGUGGAGGCGCUGGUGGUGGAUGCAGAUGCACGGGUGCGCGUGCAGGCAGGGGACAGCCUGUGGCGCAUCUCACAACGAUGCCAGGUGAUGGGCGAGUGA